UGGAGAUAGUCCAGGAGUUCUGUUGGAUAGACAGUCAAUUGGCAGCAACCCUCUCGCUCUCUUUUUUCUCUCUCCCUGUACCUUCUCUCUCUCAAGAGAACGAGCUGGGAUAUAAAGCUCUCACUGGAAAUUUUCUCCCUGUUUUUUUAGUGGUUCUGAGCACCUGCCUGUGUCAAAAUGAGUGACACUCUGCUGGAUGAUGGGUCCUUCAUGUUCACUUCGGAGUCUGUUGGAGAGGGACAUCCAGACAAGAUCUGUGAUCAGAUCAGUGAUGCUGUCCUGGAUGCUCACCUGAAGCAGGACCCAAAUGCCAAGGUCGCCUGUGAGACGGUUUGUAAGACUGGCAUGGUGCUGCUGUGUGGAGAGAUCACGUCCCGGGCCAAUGUAGACUACCAGAAGGUUGUCAGAGACACCAUACAACACAUCGGUUACGACAACUCAGACAAAGGUUUUGACUAUAAGACGUGUAAUGUGUUGGUGGCUCUGGAGCAGCAGAGUCCAGACAUCGCUCAGGGUGUCCACAUCGACAGGAAAGAGGAAGACAUGGGAGCUGGAGACCAGGGUCUGAUGUUUGGCUACGCUACUGACGAGACAGAGGAGUGCAUGCCUCUCACCAUCGUCCUGGCUCACAAACUCAAUUCCAAGAUGGCCGAACUCAGACGCAACGGAACCAUCCCCUGGCUCCGCCCCGACUCUAAAACACAAGUGACAGUACACUAUGAGCAGGAGCACGGGGCAGUGAUCCCUAUAAGGGUCCACACCGUGGUCAUCUCUGUUCAACACGAUGACUUCAUAGGCCUGGAGGAACAGAAGGAGGUGCUCAAGGAGAAGGUGAUCAAGGUAGUGGUUCCGGCUAAGUACCUGGAUGAUAAGACCAUCUACCAUCUUCAGCCCAGUGGACGCUUCGUCAUCGGAGGACCCCAGGGUGAUGCUGGAGUGACGGGUAGGAAGAUCAUCGUUGAUACGUACGGAGGCUGGGGGGCCCACGGUGGGGGAGCUUUCUCUGGUAAAGACUUCUCCAAGGUGGACCGCUCGGCUGCCUAUGCUGCCCGCUGGGUGGCCAAGUCCCUGGUCAAGGCCAAACUGUGCAGGAGGGUGCUGGUUCAGGUAUCCUACGCUAUCGGAGUGGCUCACCCUCUGUCCAUCUCCGUGUUCACCUACGGCUCGUCACAAAAGUCUGAGAGAGAGCUGCUGCAGAUCGUAAACAAGAACUUUGACCUACGACCUGGUGUCAUUGUCCGGGAACUGAACCUGAAGAGGCCAAUCUACCAGAAGACAGCGUGCUAUGGCCACUUUGGCCGGAGUGAGUUUACCUGGGAAGUCCCCAAGGAGCUCAACUAUUAAACAUCUCCCCCUGGUGGUCAAGUAUAUAACAAACUCUUAAACACCCCCGUGGUAAAAUAUAUAACAAGCUCUUAAACAUCGACCCCCUGGUGGUCAAGUAUAUAACGAUCCCUCCCAGAGAUAGAAAACAGGCCCCCUCCCCUCUACAGGCUACAACCACAAAUGGUUCUGCUUUUUCUUUGGCUAGUGUUGACGUUAAGGUUUAGGAUUAGGAUCAAGGUGAAGGGAUAUGUUUUUGGUUAGUGCUAAACAAUCAUUUAUGUGAUUGUAGCCCAUAGAGGGGUUUGUUUGUUAAUGCUUCUUAUCUUGAAUAAGAGGGAUGCAAUUUAUAGAGGGGAAUCUCUAUUCUCCCUCCCUCUCUCUCUCCUCCAUCUCUUUUUCUAUCACAUCAAACAUUUCAGUCAAGAGAGAGGAUGAACUCACUGUGAUUUUAAUCAGACAAUCCACACAUUUUCAUUCAGAUACAAGGUGUCCUUUGUAUAGCGUCUCACUUGUGCCUUAGUAUCAAAACAAUGUUAGAAGUAUUACAUGUGCAGAAGUAUUUAUUCACACACACUCUGGACAAAUAGUGAUUCCAUUGUCACUUCUGCUAUUAAACAAAGAAAGAAAUAAACAAAGAAAAUUAAUAAAUAAAGUUAAAUAUUGAAUAUAUUGAAUAUAUAUAUAUAUAUAUAUAUAUAUAUAUAUAUAUAUAUAUAUAUAUAUAUAUAUAUAUAUAUAAAGCAGAGCAUUUAGCCUCAAAACUGUGAAUUAGUGAUGUGUGGUUGGACUCAGCAGUCGGGUUUAGGGGUAUAAAAUACAGUAUUGUGUGGAUGAAGGGCGGGUGAGUGGCGGGCAGGUUGAAUAAAGAGAAAACAGUGCAUUAAAAUUCAUAAAUGUAUAAUUGUUGUGCAAUUCAUACCUAUGGGCUAUUUUUAUCUGGCAUUAGUGCGUAGCCUGAGCACCUAACUGUAGCGUGCCCAAUACAUGCAAAUUCUCAAAUUCUUUUGGGAAUUUGGACAGAAAAAGUUUGUCGAUCCACUGAGGCAAAAAAGGACAAUGUCGGAGUUGAAUUCAAUAAGAGAAAAACUGAGAAAUGGAGUGUUGGAAAUAAAUAGAAGGGAAGGCCAGGGAAAGAUUUGGUAACGUGGUAACAGUGUCAGCUAUGUUAUGUGUGAUGAUUGUGAGACGCUAUACAAAUUCGAUAGUCACAAGACUCGGACUUCAAAAUGCACGUCAAGGGAACUGUUCGGUUCAGAUGGGUUAAAUGGAAAAGUGACUGUAGGUCUACAACCUUCACUUAACCUGAUAUAAUAUUAACCCCUGCCAAAUUAAGCAUUUGUUGCGGAAACAUUAUACACCAAAUGGACAUUUUGACUCGUAACAGGAGUGGGGAAAUAUUAUGAGUUAGACAGUGAGCGGUUAGGGACCGUCCGUAAAGGUGAAGGUGCUAUCUUUAUCAGCCCCAUAAAAGCUGAUCGUAUUUCAACCACAUAAAACAUGCAUCCAAGCCGAGCUGAAAUCUUAUCAAAAACAUGUUGGGUCAUUUUAAUAGCUUUUAAUUUCCUAUAUUGCUAAAUGAUGUGUAAUUCCGAUUGGAUUCCAGCCAGAUUGGGAAUAUCCAACAUUUGGAAUUGGCAUUCACCUGCAACCUGCAUUUAUAAUGACAGCCGGGUUCGGGAAGACUAAAAUAUCAGACUACAUAAAGCAUUUCCCAAACCUGUUGUUUUCGGCGCAUGUGAUAAAAACAAUUUGAAUUGAUCUAAACUGGAAUACCAUUACAGUAAAAGGUGCAAGAAGUCCAAGUAACAGAUUGGAUUAGUUUCGAAAAAUGUAUGUUAUUUAUGAGUAGCAUAAGAUUAAUUAAUCAAUCAUCAAUUAAUGUACAUGCAAAAACAUAAUGAAAAAUGUGGACAGCAGAUGCGAGUUUUAUUCAUAACAUUGCUAAUUUAGCUAGCUAACAUACAUUUUGAGAAAACAAGUUAUAUUAACUGGCUAGCUAGCAACGUUUGGUGGUCAAAUAGAUUGAGAGCUAGCUAACCAGCUGAGCUAGCAAACAAUGUAACAAGUAUAAUUUCGGAUUUUAAAAAUACUCCAUCAAUGGGCUCUGCAUUUCAGGAAUCACAGUAGCAAAUACUCCUGGUGCACUAUUCAACGAAUUAGCCAUUUAAACGUGACUUUUUUGAAGGAAACUGUUUGUGCCGUAGCGCUCACUGGCUUUCAUGUGAUUUGGGGUGCGUUCGUAAAUUCAAUCAGGAGUGCCAAUGUGCGCUCAAAGUGCCCUCAGGGAGUUCGUAAAUUCAGAGCGUUUCGCUCUCGCUGCGUUCAGAGCGGACACUGGGGACGAGGAGAAAGGUUGAUCGAGUGUUCUGGCCUAGCUUGUUAGCUACUUCCAGCCACAAACGAGAGAACAAAUCACUCUGACCAUUUCACUCGCCCUAGCAGAGCUGGUGAGGCUAUUUUCAUGUUAUCCAGUGCAUUGGUGACUAAUUGCUGCGGGCUACAAUUUAAUUACGUAUUUUAUGCCGUCGUUUACUGCCACCGGCCACAUUCAACGGGUGUUUAGCGUUUGUAAAUUCAUCAGUUAUUCUGCGCUCUGGUACACUCAGACGAGAGUGCUCUGAAACCAGAGUAGAUAGCCAGAAAUAAUGUAAGAACCUUAAACGUUGGAUGUCAGACUCGACGACAGUUACUCCCAUUGGAGCGCUGCGAUUGGUUGCCCAACAUUUUGGGGCGGGGCUUAGCUGAGGGUUAAUUGUGACGCUUGUCACUACUUUUUAAUGCUAUUUUAUGUUUAUUUAGAACAAAUAUACAUGUAGUGAUGUCUUAUGUUUGUAUUGUAUUGUAAUUUGUAAUGUUAUAUUUAAAAAAUGUAAAAAAUAAAAUAAAAAACGAUUACAAAAAAUGUAUUAAAAAAAACAUAAAAAACGAUAUUAUCCCCUCCACUCUGUCCAUAUCAAGAUGGUGCUAUAAAUCCUGUAUUGGUAGUCAUCCUUAAUCAAAGCGGAAUAUGUAUCUGCAGGUUCAAACCACAUCCUUCAAUCAACCAAAUAUUAGAAGGGAGAUCACCCUCUAACUUGGUUUUCAGAUUCAGUUACAACUCUUAUCUUUGCUCUGUAUCAAACUGGUUUAUAUUUUAUGUAGCUUUGUAAAGAUCAAAUUCACAAAAGUCUUAAUUUAGUAAUUAUAUCAUUGAUACCGCAGGGCAGUUUUUACAUUGCACUACUACUACUACUACACAACACCAACAACAGGUAUGUAGGACGACACAGGUCUCUAAUCCCAAGGAGGUCUUGGGCUGUAUACGGUACCUCUUACCAGUGUGUUACAGUUGACCAAAUCUAGCAGUAGACAUAGCUUUGAAUAAUAAGGCUUUAUAACCACUUAUAAGGCAUCAUAAGGAUGCUUAAUAACUGUUCAUAAGGCCUUAUAAUGCUUUAAGAUGUGUCUAUGAACCCCUGCUCAGUCCUCUUUGACAAUGCUUUUUGUAUCUUCAUCUGUAGUCUAGAGCUACUGUAGAGCUGCUGCUGGGAUCUCGCUGUAAACAAUAUUAGCCGCCUUGAAUGAAUGAACUGUUCUGUUAUCUCUGAUAAGGUUUGAUGUAUUUAGUAUUCUGACUUGAUUGUGAGUUAAUUGUUGUGAUUAUUUUGCUAUAGGCAUAAAUAGUCUAUGAAUAAAUUGCCAAAGUGCAUGCUGCCAA